AAGAUGCGAACAAAUAUGUAAAUACUUCCCUUCCCGACAAAAGUAAAAAUCAUUCGUCUUUUACCACCCCCCACACACACAAACUUGAGAAACUAGGGUUUGUGAUGGCUUCAUCAAGCACAAUCGAUUACGAGAUCAUCACUGACCCGUGGGAUCCUAAAUGCGUGAGCGCUUGCACAAUGUACUUCCCUGGAAAAGAGCCCGAAGAUACGGAGCUUCUCUUGGAGAAGAUUCGAGGGAAACUUGACGAACGGAUUCACAAUCACACACUAGCGGAGGAGUAUCGUAUCAUGAACGACCAGAUCGUGAAGUCACAGGGCUUUGAUGUCGAUUUCUCCAAGCUGCGUUACCUUUUCGAUUUUCAGCCUGCGUUUCUCGAUGAAGUCUAUCCACUCGGCAAACCAGAUACCGGUAGGGUCUACUUUGGUAGACUGGCUGCAGAAGCCGUUGAGAUUUACAACAAAAGAGAGGGGACUAGUUUUGAGUUAGUUGAGGUUGAGAAAACAAAUAUUUACUUGAACAGCGGAAAGUUCUACUUCAUCACAUUUGUAGCCAAAGAUUCCUGGAACCAGACAAAAUUGUUUCAAGCUAAGGUCAUCCAUGUUUUCUGUAGAGAGAUUGUACACAGCUUCUGCAGGCUUAAACCCAAUCAACAAGUAACUUGUGUUGAUGAAGAGUCCUUUGCAAAGAAAGCGCCCAUUUCAAAGGAAGCGUCCAUUACAAGAAAAAAGAAAAGAAAGCAUAGUAUAACUAACUAGUUAUCUCUUCCUUUAUGAAUAAACGGUAUUUCUUUUCACUUUCUACAAGACACUAUAUUUCUACUCGUUUGGGGGUCUCUUAUUUCGGUUCAAGGGGUGGCUGGUCUCUUGGUAUCUAUAGUUGUGGUGUAAGAGCAUCUGCAGUGGGAAAAUAUCUCAUUAGAUUUCUGAGAAGAAAAAAAUAGUAAAAAUAAAGAAAAGGUGGAGAGAGGGAAGAAAAAGAAGGGAAAAGGUUACGGUCGAUUCUUUUUACAUCUCUCAUGGAGAAACUUUCAGUCCAUAUGUCACAUAUUUAGUGGCCAACAUUGUUUUGUUCUAUACUAUUAUUUGCGAAGUGAUUUUUCGCAACGGAG